AUGAAGCCUGUGAUAUUUCUGCACCCGGACUUGGGAAUCGGAGGUGCAGAAAGACUAGUAGUGGAUGCGGCGCUUGCUCUGAAAAGAAAAGGAUGUGCUGUUCAUUUCAUUACAAGUCAUCACGAUCCAACUCAUUGUUUUGCGGAAACUAAAGAUGGAACGUUUCCCGUCACUGUUGCUGGUGACUGGUUGCCGCGAAGUAUAUUUGGACGAUUUUAUGCUCUUUGCGCGUACAUUCGGAUGAUCUAUGCUGCAUUUUAUUUAGCAUUCUUCAGUGGACUGGAUCCCAGUGUUGUCAUCUGUGACCAAAUAUCUGUUUGUAUACCUAUCCUCAAAAUCUGUUCCAUGAAAGUGAUUUUUUACUGUCAUUUCCCAGACCAACUGCUAAGUAAACCAGGUGGACUAUUAAAGUCUUUAUAUCGAGCUCCACUGAAUUGGAUAGAAGAAACCACUACAGGUCAAGCCGAUAGAAUUCUUGUCAACAGUAGAUUUACAUCUGAGGUUUUCAAAGAAACCUUCCAAAGACUGAAUAUGCACCCAAAGGUUUUACACCCUUCUCUAAAUACUGAUUUUUUUGACAAACAUUCUGUGGAACCUCUACAGAAAUACGUUUCCACCAAAUUGAAAGAAGGGUCAAUUGUCUUUCUUUCAAUUAAUCGUUAUGAAAGGAAGAAAAACUUGUCACUUGCAUUGGAUGCAAUGGAAAGUUUACACUCUUCCUUAUCAGAAGAUGAGUGGGCCAAAGUGCAUUUAAUAAUUGCAGGGGGAUAUGAUCACAUUGUCCCUGAAAAUGUUGAAUAUUUUGUUGAACUUGAAGAUCAAUAUAAAAAGUCUUCCAAUCUCAAGGAUCACGUGACAUUCCUGAAAUCUCCAUCAGAUUCAGCAAAACUUUCAUUGUUGAGAGGCAGUUCAUGCCUUAUAUAUACUCCUGAAAAUGAACAUUUUGGUAUCGUUCCCCUUGAAGCAAUGUAUUGCUCAAUACCGGUAAUUGCUGCAAAUAGUGGUGGACCAACAGAAACUGUUGUUAAUGAGAAAACUGGAUUUUUGUGUCCUCCAAAUAGCCGAGACUUUGCAUCUGCAAUGGAAAAGUUUAUUAAAAAUAUUAACCUUUCUCAGGAGAUGGGAAAAGCUGGACAAGAACGUGUAAAGAAAUCAUUUUCUUUCUCUGCAUUCUCUGAUAAUUUGUAUUCAGUGGUUAUAGAGUUUGAAGAUUCUAAACAAAAAUAA